AAGGUAGAAUGUAGCAUUAACAGACACUUCAGAAACCUCCUUGUGUAUGAAUAUGAUAAAUGAGACAUGUUUUCUGACCAAACCCAGACAGCAACCAGAUCUGGCCAACAUGGAUUUCACGAUCUGGGCCAUCACUAUGUUGCUGUCUGGGAAAUCUGUUCUUACCAAAUUCUGAUUGCCACAAAUGUCUCUGUUCAAGCUGACUGACUGGAUUUAAUCACACUGCUGCUUUCUCUCUGGUUGUGGAUUGUGAAGGUGAGCAAGUAUGGAAGAAGAGUUGUUUUAUUCAACAGUCUGCUUUAAGCCAUUUGAUAAUCAGAAAUCUACAGUUGAAGUGGCAAAGUUCGAGGAGUCUGUUUAUGCGGAGGUGAAAAUAAAGCGAUCAACUUCACAGACAGCUCCUGAGACCUCAGCUGCAGAGUGUUCAUUAGACAAAUCUGUUUUGCCAGCACAUGAUUCUCUGACGGAAGCAAAAGAUGCCACCACCCCAACCUUUUCAGUGUACAGACGAGCUACAGUUAUUCUGGGGCUGCUCUGCUUCCUGCUGCUUGCCGGGUUAACAGCUGUCAGCGUUUUCAUAUACAUUCACAUGUCAAAAUACAACAACAUUCUGGCCCAGCACAUUCAAGAGAAAGCCACCAAUCUGCAACUACUGGCAGACAAGGAAGUGCUGGAGCGAGAGAGAGCCAGGCUGAAGACACAGGGGGAACAGAUGAAUGGCACACUGGACUUCAUACUGAAGAAGAGCCGCUUUUUAGUGGAUGAGUACUGUCAGUCCACUGGAAAUGGGGUGCAGUGUACACCUUGUUUUCAAAAUUGGAUUCAGAAUGGCUCCAGCUGUUACUAUUUCAUGAAAGACUGGCCCUGGAAAUCGUGGACAGAGAGUCAGGAAUACUGCAAGGGAUAUGGAGCUCAGCUGGCCAUAAUAGACAGUGUUGAGGAACAGGAAUUCAUCAAUCGGCACGCCCAAUCAUAUUAUGACAAAUAUCACGGGUACUGGAUCGGACUCUCUAAAAAGAAAGAAACUUGGGUCUGGAGCACUGGCGCUGAACUCGAGGAAGGUUUCUGGGUCGAUGACCCCUUGAAAGGAUACGGGGAAUGCGUUCUGUCAAUGCCCAGCAAAAACCCACUGAAAAGCUGGUUAUCAGCAUAUUGUUCCAUGAGGAAUAGAUGGAUCUGCGAAGUGGACGUUUUAACAUGGCCAACCUUCCUACAAGCCCAACAAAACCAAAGUGGCCCCUCAACAUGAGCAGAAGACAGUUUGAUUUGUAAGCAGUGUUUUCAAGUUACAGCUCCUAGAGAGACGCCUACUGUAGGAAAAUGACUUCUGCCCCAUCCUUCCUGUCUGUCAAACAUCCAACUUUGUGACUGAAUAAAUCCUUCAGCCACACAAAUCACUCCAAACUGUUCACAGUUCAUCACAUUUUUGUAAUUGUCGAUAUGCUAUGUAAUAUGCAUUACACAAAUGUAUCGCAUAUCAGUCAAAUAAAAUCAUUUCACGUCA